CUUGUCUUAGUAGCUUGUUGAACACGUUCAACACUUUCUUCUUCUCUUUUCGACAUAAAGAACGGACCAAGUCAACUUGAUCACAAGGCUGCAUGAUGGUCAGGUGAUGUUGCUGUAGAUGGAUAUUAAUGGAUACUAGCCUUCAUUCGACAUUAGGAAUACCCUACAACUCUGAGAACAAUAUGCCCAUACCAGAAGAAAUCAAAUCACAAUCAUAUAAGUUUAACCCCGUAACACCUGAUGUAUCACCUCCACAACCACCAGGCAGAAUGUCGCAGUUAUCUACACCAAGAAACCAACAGAAUUUUUUAGAUUCAAGAGCUUUUGGCGACAUCAGCAAUGUAACAAGUAUGGAUAUCCAUGAAAUGGAAAAUGUUGGCAAUCAUUUACAGAAUAUGCUAAAAACCUCAAAAGAUUUGAUUAUUGACAGAGAUUAUGAACCAAAUGUUCAUACAGGAUCAGCUGAUCAGAAAGAUGUGCCAAGAGAUGGUGCUGAAAAUCAUUCCAUGUCAAGUGUUGAUACUGCUGCUUUCUUUCAGAAGAUGUUGCCAAAUUCAUCACCUCUUGAAGAACUAAAAGUUCACUUAGAAUUUGGUGAUCAAUCAAGAGGAGCACAUGCAAAAGAUGACACUUCACAGACAUCUCACAGCAGCAUACGACAUGCAUCUGAUGUUCGAAAACAAGUUGCACAUCCCCAACACCCAACAUCAGGUGCUAACAAAAGCUUGAUGUUGGAGAAUACUCUCCUGAGGGAACAUCUUGACGGAGAGAGGUCUAGAAGGAAGGUAUGCGGACCUAUCGCACUUAUAGACUAAUCACUGGAUUGCCAAGUAAUAUGAUAUAUCACUACAGUAAAUGGGGGACAUAAAAGAACCUGUUGAAUUGUUCGUGUAAGAGUAUAGGGGAUUGUCUCCCAGUUUAACAGCCUAUCCCAAUUUGGAGGCAUAAUAUCAAUGUACUAAUAAUUCACACUCAUGAUUGUAAGCUGCAUGGCUGCGCCUUAAUAUGCAGACCGUAAAGUGGACCCUCCUCUGGUUAUGAAUGUAAAGAGCAUUGAGAUAUUUGAAAUGUGCUAUAGAAGUACCCCAUUAUUAUAUUAUUAUUAUUU